UUCCGCCACAGGCAGCGCAGGGUCUCUGUGCCAGAGGAUGUUUCGGAGCUGGAGCUUCCACUGACCAGUUUGAACCUCGUGGCACGGCACCAGGUCCAAAUGAACUGUGUGUUCUGGCAACCAGCACACCCAGUAUUUCCAGCUCCCCAAACUGGGCUACAAUAAUGAUGGAUUAUGGAAUCUUAAUUAUGUGCUGGAGGGAGGACAAUUCUGCUCUCCAGUAGUAGUAACAGGAUUUCGGAAUGAAGUAGGAAUUCUGUUAACCAGAAAGUGCACUGUCAUGCAGGUUGCAAGGUGAGAGGGUUUCCAGCUGAGUGCUGCCAAUCCCAUCCGCAAACAACCUGGCUCCACAGCUGCAAAUUAGUUCCUCUCUGCCCUCAGCACUCCUAAACAGUUAACUUCUGGCUGUGAGACCAUCCUAUCUCCCUGCCUGUUCAACAAUAGAUCCAGCUAAACAAAUGCCUCCUAAUUGACUUUGAGCAACACUUGAUUGCAUUCACAAAAAACAAAAGAGAGGAAAACAUUGGGGUUUAUGAAAUAACACUAAUCCUGGAGCAAGAGAAAGGGGAUGGGUUGGAGCACUGGUGUCAAACAGAGAUUCAAUCUUGGCUAAAAGAGCCCCAAGACACAUGGGCCAAGUCAUUCAUCCCUCCCCAACUGCCCUCAUUUCCACACCUGCUGAUCUAAGCCAAACCCCUGCUAAAAUACAAACAAUCGGGGCCGCUGGCAACCGAAAAUUGGAGCAUUGUCUUCCCCAUGAGGGCUCUGAAAGGGCCGCACUUAAUGAGGAUGGAUUGACAGAGAGGUGGCUCCUAGGCUAUAAAAGGCAUCCCACAGUCAGGAGCAGCUCAGUCCAGGGUGCACUGCCCGUCCUGCCGCUCUGAGCAUGGUCCCAGCCCACCGCAGGCACCCCUCGAGGGCGGGUGGCCCAUGGCUGCUGGGUCUCACGGUGCGGCUGCUGCUCUGGGGCUCUCCAGGAGCCUGGGCGAGCUACCUGAGGAGAUCCUCCAGCUGCAUGCCCAUCCCACACCGCAUGGCCUUGUGCUACGAUAUUGGCUACUCCGAGAUGAGGAUCCCCAACCUGCUGGAGCAUGAGACCAUGACAGAAGUCAUCCAGCAGUCUUCCAGCUGGUUGCCCUUACUGGCCAGGGAGUGCCACCCAGAUGCAAGGAUCUUCCUCUGCUCCCUCUUUGCGCCAAUCUGCUUGGACAGGCUCAUCUACCCUUGCCGCAGCCUCUGCGAAGCCGUCAAGAGAAGCUGCGCGCCCGUCAUGGCUUGUUACGGCUACCCCUGGCCCGAAAUCCUGAACUGCAACAAGUUCCCUGCAGAUCACGAGCUGUGCAUCGCAGCAGUCUCCAUGGAUGAAAAUGCCUCCAGCAGGAGAAUGCCCCGAGCCAGCUGCAAGGACUGCGAGCUUGAGGAGACCAGCACUGCCAGGGAGAUCCUGGAAAGCCUCUGUGCCAAUGAUUUUGCAGUGAAGAUCCGCAUCCUGAGGAAGAAUGUAACCACCACUAUCUCGGACUUUGACCUGGACCCCUCCAGGGUGGAGGUGCUGAAGCAUGGCCCACUCCUCAGGACUGAAAUCCCCUCCAGGCUCCAGCAGUGGCUGGACAUUGAUGCCACCUGUGCCCACAACAUCAUGAGGGGCACUCACGCCGGGGUCUUUGUUGUAAGUGGCGAGGUACAGAGUGACAAGGUGGUGGUGAACAAGGCCUAUGCCUGGCAGAAGAGGAACAGGAACCUGCACCAGGCAGUGCGGAGGUGGAAACAUCACCGCUGCCCCGAACAGGCGGGGCGGAAGGUCUGAAAAAUAUCAAUUCCAGCAAUAAGAAACUGCUCCUUUCCCUGUGGUUAGAAAACUCCUUUCCCUGGCAGGUGGUGUUUUGGAGAUGUACAGUCAGUAUUUCUAGGUGAUUCGAAGCAGUCAUAGCGCACAGAUAGGGCCUCACUACAGAUCCCUGUUUUACCAAGACAGAGCUCAAGGAUGCAGGUUUAACAUAUUCCUCUAACCAGGCUCUGCAGAUCUAGGACGUGUGAUGGACAGCUUUGUGUAGGAUCUAACAUCACAACAAAACUGAACUCUGCAGGUGGGCACAAACUAGAAAGAUCUGUAGUAACAGUUCCUUCUAGUUCUCGUCAUCAGAGCUGGUAUUUCAGCUUCACUAUUUGACCCUGAGACAUUGAUGCUGUUCAAGUGCCUGCUUGUCCAGAGAUUAUAUGAAAGUUGCCCUGACUGCUAAGUGAUACUUUUUAUGUAAUGGAGCAAAUAGUUUACUCUUGAACAGUCUGAGGUAAAUUAAGGGGAUGAAGAACCCACUCCAGCAAUACCCAGACCCUUCAAAAAUGCACACUAAACUCUGCUCUUGAGCAGCCACUCAGGCUGUCCCUUUAGCUUCCUGCACUGCGAACUGAUGAGCAUCUGCACAGGUAAAAGGAAACAGCCAUUCCAAGCAGGAAAGGCACAGAGCAAAGUUAACUGAGGGUUUCUGCAUAACAGGAAAAACCAUUUUCCAACAUCAUAAAUUCAGUUUGAACCAGAAGAUUCCGGUAACUGGGAAUAUCACAAGAGCCUUGAGAAAGAGCACAGUGUGAGUGAGACAUCAGCUGUUGAAAGCUCUGCUUUGGUGUGAACAGCAGCUUUGCUUGGGACCAGGAGGUGAGCCCCAGCCACAGCACAGCAGGAGCUACUUGCAGUUCUGAUAUGGGAGCAGGGGAGGAACGUUCCACAGCUGCCUGGCCUUCCACCUGCACACAAGGAAGACAGAAAAGGUGGGAAAACUCAGCCUCACCAAGUCCUCUGCAGCUCACUCUCAUCCAAGCAGGACUGUCGUUCCCUGCAGGGGUACCCACAGCCAUAGCUCUGCACUCCAGACCCCAGAGCAGAAAACAGCAAAUCCCCUGAUGAUAAUCCCUAAUGACUCAGAUUUCUACUGCCUAACAAAGCACUGUCCAUGGAAAGUUUUCUAUAUUGGCUUAAACCUGGGGCUGAAUUAAAAAAAAAAAAAAGGGCAAAACCAGCCUUUUGGAGGAAUGUUUUCUGCCCUGCUGGUGCCGCCUGCAGUCUCGGCUGUGGCCACCGCCUGGUUUGAUGGAGACACGUUGCCCCCCCGUGCUCGUAAAACUCACCAACAACCCACGGUGUGGGCUCCUCCUCACACCAGUGUGGGCUGGAAUGAGCGCUCACACACUCACACUGGAAUUCAGCUGCGCCCUAACAUUUGUGCAGCGAUUACUUCUCUUCCCUGAGGCUCAGAAGAAAACCAACGAAAUUUCCUGGUUUUAUUCCUCCCCACUGCCUUGUCUUACAAAUUCCGGCCCAAUCCACAGAAUCUGCUGUCAGGUGGUCCCUGCAAUGGCAGUAUGUUCUGAACAGACUGCAUCUGGAAAACACAACUGAACACAUAAAAGCUCUGAAGGUUGAAAAGGUUUUGUCUGAUUUGUUUUCCAUUAAUAGGGUUAUUUGAUUACUAGUGUUUCCCAACUAAAAAGUGCACAGAUGGUCUGACUUACAAGCUUUAGAAACGAUGCCUUGUAGCCAGAGGGGGGAAAAAAAUAGGGCAGGGAUUUUUUCAGAGCUCCAUGAAAUGAAAGCUUCGUUUUGAUGCAGAUGUGACUUACUCAUAUUUAAAAAACAAAACACAAAU